AUGGAUAUCAGUGAAAAAGAAAAGAAAGGUCCUGUGAUUGGAGCCCGACAUCUUCAGACUCUAUUGCUUUUCCUAGCAAUCGCUGUUGGCUAUGCUGGUAGGAUAAAUGUUUCCGUAUCACUUGUUGCUAUGACAGAUGCAGAAACUACAAAUCCCAAUUUCGAAGAAUUCAAUUGGGAUGAAAAACAAAAAUCAUACAUCCUCAGCAGUUUCUAUUGGGGUUAUGUGAUAACACAAUUUCCUGGUGGCUAUAUGGCACGAAAGUUCGGUGUAAAAACUGUUAUUUUCAUUUCCAUUCUUGGAUCUUCUUUUUGUAAUAUAAUAAUUCCAUUUUGUGUACCUUGGGGUCAAUGGCAGAGUUACUGUGCCAUAAGAGUUCUACAGGGUUUGUUUCAAGGAGUGAUUUUUCCAUGUGCUCAUGCACAUUUGGCCAUGUGGUCACCAGUUGAGGAACGAACUCGUCUCGGUGGACUAAGUCAUCUGGGAAUUGAAGUUGGCACAAUUUUAGCUAUGAGUUUAACAGGAAUUAUCGCUGCAUCAAGAUUUGGAUGGCCUGGAAUUUCAUAUGUUUAUGGGGGAAUCGGGAUUGGAUUUUGUCUAAUUUGGAUGAUAUUUGCUGAAAAUUGUCCAGCAAAUGCUCGAUUUAUAUCUUCCGGGGAGAGAAAUUUCAUUCUAGCUUCGCAGGCUUCUAGCGAUGGAAAUACCAAAGAAACAAUACCCAUUCCCUGGAAAGCAAUUCUUACUUCUGUGCCAUAUUUAUCGCUGAUAGCUGUUCGAAUCAGUCAAGGAUGGGGCUACAAUGUUAUGCAAGCUCAAAUUCCCGCAUAUCUUCAUGGCGUUCUAAACAUGAAUAUCAAAAGCAAUGCUUUGUACUCAACUCUUCCCUACAUCGCAAUGUUGAUUUGUGCGUUGGUGUUCCUUUUUGCAGCUGAAAUAGUUCUGAAAAAGCAAUGGGCUUCGUUGACAGUUGUCCGAAAGACCUUAAACACUAUUGCAAUGUGGGGUCCAGCUGCAUUGUUAAUCGGUGUUGGAUUUAUGGAUGACAGUCAAAAGGUUUUGGCCAUAAUUCUUUUGACUUUGAAUGUUGGUCUAAAUGGUGGUAAUACUAUUGGAAGUCUGUUAAACACAAUUGAUUUGUCACCAAAUCAUGCUGGUAUUUUGAUGGGAAUAUUGAAUUGUAUAUCGAAUAUUAUUCCAAUUAUAACUCCAUUAGCAGUUGGAAUUAUUGUUUAUGAUGAGGUAAAGAGGGCUUGAAGUAUUUUUUCCUCAAACCAGUUCAACAAAUUUUUGUUUUUGCUAUUUCAGACCCAACGAUCACUUUGGCAGAUUAUUUUCAUAAUUGCAGCUGUUUUCUUCUUCUUCGGAAAUCUUCAAUUUAUUUUCUUUGCCUCGACUAACACGCAGCCUUGGAAUGAUGAAGAUUUUCUUUUGAAACAUGACAAAGAACGAAA